AUGCCCACGCAAGCAAAGCGACGGGGCAUGGCUUCUCGUUAUGGCUUCACAGCACGCAGCGCUGCUAAUUGGAUGCUCAUCAUGGGCCAUAAGCAAUUUAUGACCAUGGCCGUACCGUGGAAGUCGCGUAAGACCCUCACCCGGGCCCACGUGGCGCAGCUCCGGGACAACGUUCAACUAUAUGCUGGUAGCUGGAAAGUAUAA